AAGCAGAAUCUCUGGGCUCCAACUGUGGAACAGCACAGAGAUCGGAUGAGUUCAGGAAGUGGUUUCUUGGCAUGGGUACGUUUUGAAUCGAUGGGGACUCUUUGAGCUAGGAACUAAUACCCUCCGGUCGGAGGAAACCUCACCGGAGAAGGGACGAACUGACCCUCAGGGCGAUCUUUGCAGAACCAACGCUCACCGGCAGACAGAGACCAGAACGACUGCCCCGGCUCCUCCGUCAUCUCCCCGCUCCCUUCCUGAGCCUUUGAAGGAUGUCUGAGAACAGCACAGCCCUGAGUGUCCAAGAUGCUGUGUACAUUGCUGUGGAGACUGCCAUCGGCUUCUGCUCCAUCGUGGGCAAUGCCUUAGUCAUCUGGGUGGUGUGGCUGAACCCGAGCCUGCAGAACUCCACUUUUUACUUCAUCAUCUCCUUGGCCUUGGCUGACAUCGCCGUGGGUAUCCUGGUCAUUCCUCUGGCUAUCGUGGUUAGCCUCGGGGUCCCCAGCUACUUCUACAACUGCCUCUUCAUGUCCUGCCUUCUGCUGGUCUUCACCCAUGCCUCCAUCAUGUCCCUGCUGGCCAUCGCCGUGGACCGCUACCUGAGGGUCAAGCUUACUAUCAGGUAUAAAAGAAUCACCACUCACAAACGAAUCUGGAUGGCUUUGAUAUUUUGCUGGCUGAUAUCUUUCCUGGUGGGCUUGGUCCCCAUGUUUGGCUGGAACAUGAAACUUUCCCCAGGUGGCCCAGGAAACUCGAGCCACCUGCCAUGCAAAUUCCUCAGUGUCGUGAGCAUGGAUUACAUGGUAUAUUUCAGCUUUUUUGCCUGGAUCCUCAUUCCCUUGAUCAUCAUGUGCGUUAUCUACAUGGAUAUCUUUUACAUCAUCCGGACCAAGCUAAGUCAGAACAUGUCUGGUUCCAAGGAGGCAGGCACUUUCUACAGGAAAGAGUUCAAGACAGCCAAAUCCCUGGCUUUGAUACUGUUCUUGUUUGCUGUGUCCUGGCUGCCGCUGUCCAUCAUCAACUGUGUUUUGUAUUUCUUCCCCCAGAGCAAGCCACCCACUCAGGUGAUCUACCUGGGCAUCCUGCUGUCCCAUGCCAACUCCAUGAUGAACCCCAUUGUUUAUGCUUGCAAGAUCAAGAAGUUCAAGGAAACCUACCUCCUGAUCUUAAGAUCCUACAUCCUAUGCCAGUCUUCCAAAUCCACAGUGCCCAGUGUGUACCCCACAGCCUAUCGGCCCCCUCGGGAGCUAACAGUGCUGCAGAGGUCAAGCACGACGACCGUUACACCUGCUUCCCUUAAUGGACACUGCAGACAAUAGCUCCUUUAGUUCUGUGCCC